AUGGUUGAUUUCACGGCCGAGCAUGUCUUCAUCCUGGUUUGUGCACUGUUCUUCCCUCCAGUACUACUGAUGGUAUGGACCGUCGUUGUGGUGACAGUGUUCGGCCAGACUCUUGGCUUCAAUCGUCGCUAUUUGAAUUGCUUACUCAAAAUCUUUGAAUGGAGCGCCCGACAGAUACGCUUGACUGCUUGCGAAAAGAGCCAAAAUUCAUUGAAUUUACGCACAGAAACGAAUCAUAACCGGGGCGAUGAAGGCUGCAACGUUGAGCAUGCAUCUGUGAAAAGCGACAAACGGCCAGAUGUACCGAGGAGUAGUCGCAGGGACCAGCAUUUACUCUCAGGGAUAAUAUUCCGGGAAACAUCGGUGCAUUCGGAUAUUGUGAAUGGCCAGCAGUCGGCAGCAAGCAGUCGAGGAUGGGCUGCCGUCCGUGACAGUAUGCAUCUUGUUAAGGCAGGCAUUGAGGCUGUUAUACAGGAUGAUGUGACAAGUCGAUUUGAAGCGGAAGAACUGGUGUCCUGGAAUAUGCUUGCUCGAACUAUUUUGCUGCCAGUACGGUUGACGCUACUCUUUACUGGUGUGUGCUUUAUGAUUGUGAGUACCGCUGUGAUUGGGCUAUUGCCGGAUGGGCCGAAGAAGCGAUGGCUGAACGAACGUUGUUUGCUGUGUGGCUAUCAAAUUCUGUCCGGUUGUGUAUCGGCCGUUAUCACGUUCAAUAAUCGUGAAAACCGAGCUCGAAAUGGAGGAAUAUGUGUUGCAAACCAUACAUCACCAAUCGAUGUGGUGAUACUCAGUACAGACUGUGCUUAUGAUUUGGUGGGACAACGUCAUGGCGGUUUGCUUGGAAUUUUGCAACGUGCCCUCAGUCGUGCAAGCUCGCACAUAUGGUUUGAAAGAAGCGAGGCCCGGGAUCGUUCAUUUGUUGCCGAAAAAUUGAAGGAGCACGUCAGUAAUAUGGAUUUACUUCCAAUUUUGAUCUUUCCGGAAGGUACAUGUAUCAACAACACAUCAGUAAUGAUGUUCAAAAAAGGCUGUUUCGAGGUCGCAACAACAAUUUAUCCAAUAGCAAUGAAAUACGAUUCUCGUUUUGGUGACCCGUUCUGGAACAGCAGUCAGCAUGGAUGGUUCGAGAAUUGUUUUCGUAUGCUAACCUCAUGGGCAAUUAUAUGCGAUGUUUGGUAUCUCAGACCAAUGACGAAGCGUCCAAAUGAGAAUGCCAUUGAUUUUGCAAGUCGUGUGAAGAAGGAAAUAGCGAUGUGUGGUGGACUGGUGGAUCUGGAAUGGGAUGGACAGUUGAAACGAUCUCGUGUGCCUGCAAAACUCGUCUUGCAUCAGCAGCAAAAGUUCGUCAUACAGCUUGUCUUUCUCACUCAAACUGUUUCUUGA